GCGAGCGAAAGAUCAGUAGUGCCCCGAUGUCGCCCCGGAAGAUCUCGAGCCACGAGCGACUCAUGGAGUCCAUCCGGAAGCAGGAGCACUCGCUCAAGAAGACUCCCUGCUCAGCUGUCAAGAAAGUUUCAGCCGGGAUGGGCCGUGUACAGGAGGACGACCAGACGCCCCAGAGCGGGCGCCGGCUCAUUAAGGCCGACCCUUCGCUCGCCGUGCCCUGCUCCACCACAUUCGACGACGACGACGACGACGACCCGGACUUUCCGGAGACGCCGGCCACGCCCCAAUGUGCCGAGCCGGCGGCGCGUGGCGGCCUGGGGCUGGGGUACCGGACCACGGGUGGACCCGUCAGCUCGCACUGGCACCAGAAUACUGAUUACGAUCAAGAAAUUGUGGCACUGGACCUGGCCACGCAGCGGGUCAGCUUCAAGUCGGACCGGCGCCACACGCUGGCGCGCCAGUUCCUCGCCUCGUCGCAGUGGACGGACAUGGAGUGUCUAUCGCUGACGUUGGAGGAGGUGGUGCAUAUCCGCUCCGUCCUGACUAAGGCGGAGCUGGACUCGCUGCCGGUCGAGUGUCACAUCAAGGAGGACGUGGCGCGCGGCAAGCUCUGCUUCCUCUGCAUGAAGACCCGCUUCUCCUUCUUCGGCGCCAAGGGCCACAACUGCCGCCUCUGCCAGCGCGUUGUCUGCGCCAAGUGCUGCGCCAAGAUGAGAAUACCGACCGAGCACUUCGCCAGUAUCCCGGUGUACACGCUGACGCCGUCGUCGCUCUCGCCGCAAGAGGAGGAGGCUCGCUCCCUGCUGUCGCGUCUGCAGGUGCCAGAGAUGCCCAGCUUCACCACUGGUGGCUCAGACCCCACCUCACCGAACCUGUCGCGUCAGAGUCCGGAGCAGACGCAGAGUCUGCCGCCGCAGCCGCUGCUGCAGCAGGUCGAGUCCAAGCUGCGCAGGGCGCGCCUGUACCGGUCGCGCACGCUGGCGCGCCCCGAGGACAUCGACAGCCCGAAGUCGGACGGCGACCGCGACGAGUUAGCCUGGCGGGCGUGCUCAUGA